AUGCUCUUCACCUGGGAGCACACUCCUGGUACUCCCAGCACCUUGCAAGGAGAGGUUUUGAGUUCAAACCCCAUCUUUGUAUCCCUCGAUCAUGUUCUCACAGCAAUCAAAACUGAACUGCUGCCCUACGUGCCCCGCGUGCCCCCCGUGGCACUGCUGGGGAAGGUCACUGCCACCACCUUCGCACUGGAGAGACCCUGCUGCAUCUUCGACCGGCACGCCAGCGCCUCGGACACUGUUUGGCUGGCGGUGGCUUUUGCCAAUGCGUCAGCCACCUUCAGGAACCCCCCAUCCCGGGCUGACGUGCCCCUGUACAAGCAGCUGCCCACCACCCACUCCUACAUGACUCUGGAGACGGCGGCAGCCGCGUACGCCUGCCCAGCCCCGAGCCCGGCCGUGCUGCGGGUCGGGGGUGACACGGCGUGCAAGGACCAGAGCAGGCAGGACCCCUGCAACGGGCCCCUGCCCUCCCCAGGGCCCUACAGGGUGAAGUUCCUGCUGAUGGGCUGCCACGGCCCCAAAGCGGAGACGCGCUGGUCCGACCCCAUCCUCCUGCGCAGAGCCCUCAGCCCGAGCACCAUCGACCCCGUGCCCACGCGCCAUGGCAGUGAUGUGGUGGUCAUCGCCUCCCUCCUGGCCAGCCUGGGGACAGUGCUGGCCACUGCUGUGCUUGGAGCCCUGGGUGCCAAGGUGUGGGGCUCCCUGUGCCAGCGGGAUUUGGGGACCAGUGCCUUCACCUGCAGAUCCUACCAGACCCAUCACAUCCCCCCGGCCCUGCCACAGCCCCCACCCCCAGGCUGGCUGUCGCCCACCCGUGCCACGAACGUGGCAGUUCUUAACACGCUUCGCCGGCGGGCGCUCAAACAUAACAAAUGCUCCCAGGGAAACGAGCCCAACCUGUUUGCCGCGGGGCUGCGGCCCGUGCAGGAAUGUGGGCGGUUGGUGUGA